CUCCAGAGCUCUUCUCUUUGUGACGGCGGUUCAGACUGCAGACUCUCAGCUCUUCUUCAUCUCCUUUAAUCAUGAAUAAAUGCUUUCUGAUUUUAUCUUUCAUUUAUCUGGCAGAAGGGCAGCAGGAAGUCAGCGUGCACCGGAAGCAGGAUGUAACCCUGGUGUGUCAGAGCAGCAGCGUGGAGAACAUCUCUGUGCUGAAGUGGAGCAGAUCUGACCUGAACUCUGACGGGUACGUCUACUUCUACAGAAACAAGCGCUGCUUUGAAAGCUACCAGCACCCGUGGUUUCACGGCCGAGUGAUGCUGCGGGACGCCGGAAUGAAGGGUGGAGACGCCUCUUUGAUCCUGAAGAACGCCACCUUCAAGGACGCUGGGAUAUACGAGUGUCACCUGUUGGUCAGGGAGCUGGUGGAGAGCAGGAGGUCGUACUCUGAGAUCAGCCACGUCAUCAACCUGACGGUCACCGAUGCAGCUGAGGCACGGGACAACAUGAGGGACAACCUCAUCCACCCAGAGGAUGCUGAUGGUAACACCCAGAGCAGGGAUGAAGCAGCUGGAAGGUCUCACAUUGUUGCUGUAGUUGCUUUAGUUGCUCUAGUUGCUGUUCUUGUGGUUGCUGGUUUCAUUACAAUCAGGAGCUUAACGAGGAAAACCAAAGCAGUUUUCUACUGAUGAGACAUGUCCAGCUGACCUUCUGAAACAACUCAUCAACAAUGUGCGUCAGAGACUCGGACUCGUCAAAGGAAAAUAAAGAUUCUUCUGCACUUUUCACCACAUUUAUAUUUGUAUGAAUGUGUUUUUGAAAUCCUAAAUGAAUGAAGACUCUAAGAUGAUG